GGAAUCCAACAGCCGUUUAGACAACGGCAAUUUUCAUCUCAUCAUGAAAUUCGUUCUACUUGCGGUUAUAGCUUUAGUAGUACCAUCAUGUUACGAAUCUCUUUUUUUAUUAGGUCAUUUAUUUAGACACAACCAGUGCUUGUUUGGCGGACAUUAUUUUGGAAUUGGCCAAUUUGAGAACCCGUCUGACCACGGCCAGAUCUGCGAUUGUUCAUACUAUGGUCAUUACACGUGCAGACGCAAGGAAUGUCCGCCUGCUAACUGCGGCACGGCCCUCCAGACAACCUCUGGAUCGUGUGUCCAGUGCGCUCCACAGUGCGCCACAACGAGAUGUCCGGACCUCAAGUGUCCUGUGAGCGAGCGAUUUUACCCUCCAAGUUCGUGCUGCCACAAAUGUUACGACCCUAAGUCCGACAGCAGUGACUCCGACUCGUCUCAUCAUGACACGUCAAAGACAUCAAGAAAGGUGAAAAUUCAUGUACACUCAGACAGCAGUGACUCUAACCCGUCGACACGUUUCAUUAAGACAUCCAAGAACGUGAAUGUUCACAUUCACAAGGACAAGACAUCGGGAACAAACGAUCACCAUACCUCGAAAUCAAACAGCGAUAGACGUAGAAACCCUAAAAGAUACAGACGGGAAGGGGACAGUGAUGAUGACGACAAGGAAACACAGUCUUCUAAUUAAACCAGACCCUAAUAAAUAGCGUGCUUCAUUGCGAUGUAAAGCUUCCAACAAUUAA